UCCGGACAAAUAUUGGAGCUAUCAACCUACAGAUCAUGUUUUUGUUCGAUAACUCAUGAAUGCAACUUUGAUGGGGGUUUUUUCGGUCCCAUUUAUGCUGCAGUUUAUGUUGUCUCUCGAAACAAAAUUCGGGACUCAGGUGACGGGAGGAGUUUACAACGGUAGGCAGUGAGAGGAAAGCCGGGCAAGGAGGGGAUUGAGCAAUUCAUUGACAUAAAUCAAGACUGGUGCCUUUGGCCCAAACGUUUUACGUCGACUCCUUUAGGGAAAGGCAUGGAUCUCAAGGGUCUCACUAACUGAGAAUGAUUCUGCUCCGUACGAGAAGAGAGCACUCUACCAGCUGGAGUCAUGGUGGUUCUGCCACAGAUAAUGUGAGACUGGCUGGUGUCCACCUCUGAAGCCCAAUAUGAGUGAGGUCCAGGCCACAGUGGAGUUUUCUGUGGAGCUCCACAAGUUCUACAAUGUGGAUCUAUUCCAGAGAGGGUUCUAUCAGAUCCGUGCCAGUGCGAAAGUGCCACCACGGGUCCCUCACCGAGUGGAGGCCAGUUUACUCCAUCCAUCAGGCACAGAUUUGGCUUUCCCUGCCACGGUUCAGGAUGACGUCAUCUGCAGUAAAACGUUUCAGAUCCUCUAUAAGAAUGAAGAGAUAGUGGUCAACGACGUCCUCGUAUUCAAGGUUAUGAUGCUGCUCGAUGAGAAGAAGGUGGAGGAGUCCCUAAAUGAGAUGGAUUUUCAGCUGUGUUUGGACCUGUUCUUCACAGACGGUGACUAUUCGCCAGAAGAUCCCAACUCUCUGCAGAGCAUCAGCAGCCGUACCCUUCGUUUGCACUUUAGCCUUCACAAAGGCAUCCACCAGCAUGUCAAUGUCAUGUUCGAUUACUUCCACUUGUCUGUCAUCUCUGUGGUCAUCCACGCCUCUCUGGUGGCCCUGCAUCAACCCCUUAUCAGUUUCCCUCGACCAGUCAAGAGUACCUGGUUAAACCGAAACACCCCAGCACAAAGCAAAGACUCACUCAUUCCUCCUCUGGAGUGUGUGGUUUUUGGCAGCAGCUACGUCAAACAGGUGUCACCAGAUGGAAAGACCUUCCUGGUGUCAGACCAGUGUCUACGGCAUGCGUUUAGCCUCCACCACAGCCUGUGUGCCAGCCUGCUGUCAGCCUAUCAGGGCCUGUUCGGCUACUUCACCACGGUGACCAAGAACCUCCCUUCCUCACAUCGCAUGGAACUAGCCAAGCCCAGCAUGCAGGUCCUUUAUGAGCGAGUUCUCAGAAGACCUUAUCCCCGAAGCCAAAGGCACGUCUACAUAGAAAAACUUGAUGUGGAGACACGUCUUGCAGAUCUUUCUGAUCAAGUCAAGCAGAAGGCAGAGAGCCCAGACGAGCUGGCUGAGAUGGUGAAUAUGAAUCUGGCCCAGCUGUGCUCUCUUCUCAUGGCGCUGUGGGGUCAGUUCCUCGAGGUGGUGUCACUGCACGAAAGCAUCGCGGCUAUGAUGGCCCAGGAACAUCACACGCUCAGAGUACGAAGAUUUGCUGAGGCCUUUUUUUGCCUCGAACACCCAAGACAAACCGCUUUGGCCUAUCAGGAACUUCAUGCACACAGUCAUCAACAGAUGACAGCUGCAAUCAAGAGUUCCUCCUACUUCCUGUCCCUGCCACCACUUCCUGUUGAAUGUGCAGAGCUAGAUGGUGAUGUUAACUCUCUGCCAAUCAUAUUUGAGGAUCGCUACCUUGAGUCCAUCACAGAAGAUCGUGAUGGCCCAUGGCUCGGUAUGCAUACCACUCGGAGUGGGUCAGUAUCCGGUAAAGGGGAAAAACCCAACUCCAAAGACCCGAGUGCCAGUGGAGUGGGUAUCCUCAGUCCCAACCCAGACACCCGGCACUCCGCCCUAGCCACAGCCUGGCCUGAACAGAGCGAGCCGUCCCUCAAGUCCAAAGCUAGGUCCAUCAAACUGAAGAAGAACGCCAAGACCGAAAACUCGAAGAAGCUGAUCAGGCAGAGCUCAAAAGACUCCGUGGUCCUGGUUGGGUACAAAAACCUGAAGGGUCCCCAAGGUGAACCCACAGCCAAGGCCAAAGAGGGUGAGCUGCCCUCCAGUCAGAAAGAGGACCGUGAGGAUAUGCUAGGGAAUUCCAGUAGCAGUUUGAGGACUGUCUCUAAACACAGUCACGACAUCGACAUUGUGAGCAGUGUCACUGGUCACAGCAUUGUCGAUGGAGAAAGCCAAGCCAAUGCUGAAACCCAGAGGGACAAUUUCACUAAUCUGUUGAAUUUGGAAGCACAGAGCAAGCACCAGGCAGGCACUGGAGCUGGUACUGGAACUGGAACUGGAACUGAGGUCAGCAAAUCAAUGCAGAAAGGAGAGCCACGACCACCAACCACAGGGCUUAGGCACAUUGAAGUAAAACCUAGUGACAAGGACCCCUACCAGGGUGAUAAGGUCACCGUCCUCUUGCCGUGUCACACUGACAGGACCUCCAAGAGGGACAUUCCUGAGAUCACACAGAAAGACUUCUCUCAGUCCAAGCCCACCAAGGGUGAAAGGGUGGGAGUGGGAGUUUUAGAGGUUACUCGGACUGAUGGCUGUGCCGCAGCGGGGAAAGGCAACCCCACCCUUCUCCUGCCAGACAUCGCCGCUCCCAGUGCCUCGUCCCGUCUGUCGGACUCGGGCAUUGAGAGCGAGCCGAGCUCUGCUACCCAGCUCAUGCCGGGGUUACAGACAGUCACUACAUUGGCUGGGACAGAUUUGGACUGGGCUCAGCAACAACCAGAGAGACCACCUCAGUUCCACACAGCCAAGCCUGCUCAGUUAAGCCCUGCCUCUAAGGGAAUGGUUGAAGGACUUUGCCCAGAGAGUAACAGCGGUGUCAGUGGAGUGCAGUCCUCCCUGACCUCCAUUAAUUCCCUCCCUUCAGACGACGAGCCUGAGGGAGAGACGGGAGGGAGAAAGUCCAGCAUUGUGGUGCAAGAACAGAGCCUGGUGUUCUCUGGAGAAAACGACUGCCGUCCUUUGGCUACUUCUACAGGUAGCUUCAGAUCCAUGGCAACCACUCACAAAACAACUAUUGGUAGCCAUGGAGAUGAACCUGUGUUUCAGGAUGAGGUAUCUGUUCUCCAGUCCACCAGCGAACACCCUGGGGUAGACAGGCGGGAUUCUGGGGCUGGCACUGCUGGGGCAGCCACCAGCGGUCCUGAGGGUUCCAACGAAGUCCACACAGCUGCUCAGUCCAGCAUGUCAGCAACUAGCAGCACAGACCUAGUAAAACGAGGCCUAGUGGAAAACUAUUUCGGCUCGCGCUCCAGCACGGAUGUGUCCGAAAUCAGCCCUGUGGAAACAGCCGCUGUCACGCUGGGAAUCCAGACGGGGCCAACAGCCGAGGAAGAAGAGGAGGAGGAGGAACAAGAGCAUGAGAUGAUUGAGAACGGUUACUACGAGGAGACAGAUGGUUUGGGCUACAUAAACGGUCUACCUGAGGAGGAGGAGGGGAAGAGUGGGGAGGGGCAUGGAGGAGCAGAAGGGAGGAGUCACCUCUACGAGCAACUCGGACUAGAGCGGCUUCAGGAGACACGUCCCUUUUCUGGUCCUAUACAGCCACGCCCCUCUGACCCCACCCUCUCCACCAGCAACAUUCGCUGGUAUGAGAGUACACCCGCUGCCCAUAUGAAAGCUUUUGUUCAGGCCAAAGAAGACUUGAAACAGCUGAAGCUGCCUGGUUUCCUGUACAGUGAGGUAGCUGACUUGGCCUCUAGCGUCCCCUACUUCAGCAUGGAGGAGGAUGACAGCUGUGAUGAAGGCAUUCACCUCAUCGUGUGUGUGCAUGGCCUAGAUGGCAACAGUGCAGACCUGCGGCUGGUGAAAACUUACCUAGAGCUGGGAUUGCCUGGGGCCCGUAUAGACUUCCUCAUGUCAGAACGCAACCAGAAUGACACCUUUGCUGAUUUUGAGUCUAUGACAGACCGACUGCUGGAUGAAAUUGUGCAGUACAUCCAGAUUUACAGUCUCACAGUGUCAAAAAUUAGUUUUGUGGGUCACUCCUUGGGAAAUCUGAUUGUGCGCUCUGUGCUUGCGAGACCUCGAUUUAAAUGUUACCUCAGCAGGCUACACACUUUCCUCUCCCUGUCCGGUCCUCACCUGGGUACCCUGUACAACAGCUCCGCCCUGGUCAACACAGGGUUGUGGUUUAUGCAGAAGUGGAAGAAAUCUGGCUCCCUGCUGCAGCUCACCUGCCGAGAUCACUCUGACCCUCGCCAGACUUUCCUCUACAAACUCAGCAAGAAAGCGGGCCUGCAGUUCUUUAAGAACGUCGUGCUUGUGGGCUCUCUGCAGGACCGCUACGUGCCCUAUCACUCCGCUCGUAUCGAGAUGUGCAAAACGGCCUUAAAAGACAAGCAGACAGGCCCAGUUUAUGCAGAGAUGAUUGAGAAUUUGCUGGUGCCUGUUCUUCAGAACAAAGACUGUAACCUGGUGCGUUAUGAUGUCAUCCAUGCACUGCCCAACACAGCCAAUUCUUUGAUUGGUCGGGCAGCACACAUCGCUGUCCUGGACUCUGAGAUUUUCCUGGAGAAGUUCUUCCUGGUGGCAGGACUCAAAUUCUUUCAGUAACCUGCCAGGUGGAGCGCAGAGCU